AUCAUAGAAACUAUCGGCUACAAAAUUUAGUGUUUGUUAUUACAGAAAAAUGGCCGAUAUCUCGUUCUCUAGUCGCGCAUAUUGUAAAAUUAUUUUACACGCAGCUAAAUACCCACACUGUGCAAUAAAUGGCUUAUUAUUAGCCAAACAAGGCAAUAAAAAUGACGGCAAAUCUGUUGAAUUACGUAUUGAAGAUGUAAUUCCACUUUUCCACAUUUGUCUUCAUGUUUCACCUAUGGCGGAAGUUGCUUUGACAAUGAUUGAUCAGUAUGCCAUUAGUAAAGGUUUAGUACUAGCUGGUUAUUACCUAGCAAAUGAAAACAUAAAUGAUUUAAGUACAGAUAAACCUGCUCACAAAAUAGCAGAUAAAAUAGCAGAAAACUGUGGUUGUACUUUACUUGUUGUGGUGGACUAUAAAGAAAUUACACACGCUAUGGGUUCAAAUCUAUUAAGAGUUUCGCAAUUUAUAGAUGGCAAAUGGAAACCCAAAGAUAUAAUAGAUAUAUCAUAUGAUAAAGGAGUAACAAAUACAGAUGUAUUAUAUUCCUUACUAAAAGCAGAAGUAUAUAGAAAUCUUGUUGAUUUUGAUAAUCAUUUAGAUGAUAUUUCUCUUGAUUGGCAAAAUCGUAAACUGAAUAAAAUUAUAGAUGAGGUUAUAGAAAAGUACAAAUAA